CAUAGUAUAAUUAUAAUAUUGUUGUGUUUUUCACAUAUGUAAAAUAUUAAAAUAGAAUAUUGUUGUUAUCAAUUCACGAAAAGUUUGUUUGCGGCGCAAAUCUGGACGGGAAUGCUGUUACUACACUCAUGACAUAAAAAAAUCAAUAAAACAAAAUAUUUACGACAUUUACCAGUUGCACCAAAAAUAAAUACAUACAUGUGUACAUGUUCAUAUGUACAUAUAUGUAUGAUCAUAUGCUAUUCGCUGAAAGCUCGAAGAAUUUAUAGAUGAUAUCUACCUCACGGCGUGAAAAUGAUUGGGCCGAGUUCGCAAAUAAGCAAAAUAUUAUUAACUCUAUUGUUUUUGUUGAUAAUAUUUUACAUUUUUAUGGAUAUUGAGCUCUAUUUGCGAGUUCACAAUUAUGCUAUCGAUCGCAACUAUCACACAAAUGAUUCGACAGCAAUAUUUACAACGUCGUCGGAGCCAUCGAAUUCACCUUCCGAUCCGAGUAAAACCCUAAAGCUUCCCACCGUCGCAAAGGAGCCAUCCUAUGAGGAAACUACGUGGAUAUCGUGUGAUAUAAAUCCACUAUGUCAUAUAACCGUUAAAGCCAUACUCUUGGAUCACACCAAUCAUUAUGUAUUCGCACCAUUGGCCACCAUAUUUGACAAUGUGGUUGAGAUCUCACGUUCCACGUUCAUCACGCCCAACAUGAUAUCCUUUUUCCACGUGGGAGUCGCUUGCGUAUCGGGAAAACUGGUGUCAUCCGAUAGCUUAGGAUACAGGCGCCUUGGAGUGUUACUCUUUCAGAUCCGUACAUUCUUGGAUGACCUGGACGGGCAUGUGGCACGCGUCAGGAAACACAUUCGUGGUGAGCGAUCCGAAAUUGGAACAUCAGGGUAUUAUAUAGAUGGUCUUUGCGAUGGACUCGGUUGUAUUGCGCUACUCUUGGGCAUGUUUUUCUAUCUAAAAAAUAAUCCACCACGUCGAGGUUACUCAAUAAUUCCAAUGAGCGAAUCCAAAUCGGAGCCAACAACCGCAACAAUGAUUCCCAAAAUGAAAGCUACCACACGCAAAGUGGCAAAAAAUGUCAUCAGCUUUACGGGUCAACUGUUGCUCAGCUCAACGGCCUGGAAUCGUUACAUUGCCGUUUACCAAAACAUGUUGGAGCGAGAGGAUAUCAGUAGCAGUCAGUACCAGUGCCAGAAUUAUGUAUUUAAGUCGACGCUAUUUUUCUGCGUGGCAUGGAUGUGGCGUAUUGUGAACGUACAUGCCCUGCUCCAUUGCGUACUGCUUAGUAUAUUUUGCGACAAGUUGUGGGACUUCCUACGAGCGAUUCGUUACAGUGGAUAUAUUAUAUUACUAGUUGCCAUUUGCUUAACCGAAAUGCACAUACUGGAGGCCCAAAACUAUAUUUUUAAUUCAGCAGCGUGUAGUAAUAUUUCACUGUGAUUUUACCAUUUAUUACGAAAAAUAUAAUAUUUUUGUAGUGAA